GUGGAAGGAAUUCAACAGCACGACUUUGGACCGCAUGUCCACACUGGAGAUCCACUCCGUGAUCGUGGCAAACAGCUACCUUAGCUUCAACCACCUGGCGUGCAUCACCAUUGCCUCCGGAAUGGCGGCAAUCGGCUUGAUCACAGAUAGUAGCGUUUUCGUUCUGGCGGCGUUCUUCGUGUCGCCCUUAAUGCAGAUGGUCCUGGCAACGGUGUGGGGCCUCACCGUGCAAGACCUAGCUCUGGCCUGGCGCGGCGUUCGGAACAUGUUCAUUGGUGCCAUGAUAUGCCUAGCCUUGGGUGCGAUUUUCGGGUUGAUACUCGGGGUCUUUUGCGGGGAGAAAGACCUGAUAUCGCCCAUUGGAGAUUUCCGAGGCUCCACAUCGUUCAUCUCCAUCAACACUCUUCAGAUUACGUCGCGAGGCCCCCCCGCAGGCAACGUGCUCAUGUCUGCCAUCGUAGCUGCCCUUUCCGGAAUGGCGGUGGCAUUAGGUCAGGGCAGUGGGAUUUCCAGCGCGCUGAUCGGCGUUUGCAUCUCCACCUCCUUGCUGCCUCCCCUGGUGAAUGCUGGGAUGAUGUGGACUCUGCAGACGAGUUUCCCCAAGCUCCACAACAAAGGAGGCUACUUCCUCAGCGA